AUGCCGUGCCGUCCAAUAGUGUUGUCAGGACCAUCAGGAGGUGGCAAAAGUACGAUUCUUACUCGAGCAAUGAAGGAAUACCCGAACAGCUUUGCGUUCAGCGUAUCGCAUACUACUCGCAAGCCGAGGAAUGGUGAAGAGCACGGUGUACACUAUUGGUUCAUUGAACACGAUGAAAUGCAGCGCAUGAUAGCUAAUGGCGAAUUUCUCGAACAUGCUACAUUUGGAGGAAAUACUUAUGGGACGAGCAAAAAAGCUGUCAACGAUGUGGAACAGACGGGAAAGAUCUGCGUGCUGGAUAUCGAACUGCAAGGAGUGCGAAAUAUCAAGAACUCUCACAUUAAUGCACGUUUCAUUCUGAUCCGUCCUCCUACGCUAGAAAUCUUGGAAUCCCGUCUUCGUGCGCGUGGAACAGAAAAAGAGGAAGAUAUCGUUAAGCGUCUGAAACAUGCUAGAGAAGAUCUCGCUGCAGUUGAGCAGAAUCCGGAUUUGUUCGACCACGUCAUCGUAAAUGAUGAUCUCGAAAGAGCCUAUAAGGAGUUCAUCCAAGUAAUUGAAGAAGACCUUAUGUCAAUAUCGAACUGA